AUGUCUGCCACGGACUGGUACGCGCAUAAAUCCCUCGGAGAAGGACUAUACUGGAUCCAGGAGAAGUUUUUCGAAUCGUCAAACAGAGCUAAUAUUUGGCUCCUCCGAGGAUCUCACCAAGACGUAGUGAUAGACACAGGCUUGGGUUUGAGGAGCUUACCUGACUACAUUAACUCCAAAAGUCUGCUUGGAGACGACCCGCAGCGAAAGAACCCCCUUUUGGCUAUCGCCACCCACGCCCACUUCGACCACUCAGGUGGUCUGCAUCAGUUCCAACAAGUCGGGGUCCACAGUGCAGAGGUCGAUGCGUUGGCUAACGGAGACAACUUCGAGACGGUCACCUGGCUGUCCGAUAGAGAGAUAGUCCAGGCUCCCUGGCCGGGAUGGAGGGCCAGGCAAUACAGAGUCAAGGCUGUACAACCAACACAUAUACUACAAGAAGGUGAUGUCAUCAACCUGGGUGACAGGCAGCUGACGGUGCUGCAUAUGCCCGGCCACUCCCGGGGCAGCAUCUGCCUACACGAUGGCGACAACAAGAUGCUGUUCAGCGGGGACGUGGUCUACGACGGAGCCAUGAUUGACUGGCUGCCCACCAGCCAGGUCAGCGACUACAUCAGCAGCUGUGAGCGCCUGGUGGGGCUGGUGGACAGCGAGCAGGUGGACCAGGUAAUGCCGGGACACUAUCACACAUUUGGCGCGAAGCAGCUCCACCGCAUCGCCUCAGGGUACAUCGACAAAGCUGGCACCUGCCCGGCACGCUUCUCCACGUUCGCCUGGAGGACCUUGGCCGGAUUGGCGUUACGGGCCUCCAACACACGGGGCAUCUGCUAGCCAUAGGGACAGGGUAGAAUUUAGAGUCGCACAGGUAGGCUGGGGAUAUGCGGGAGAUAAUUUACCCCCUCAAUGAUCAGGAAUUCUUUGUACUGUCAAUCAGAAAGUGCUGUGAUCCAAUGCAUGUUAUUUUACGUCAUUCAUUAAAAUGCCCCCACGCUUUACAUCAGGCAAUGAUUGACAGAAUAUCAAGAUUCCCAUCAUUAUGGGAUGCAUUCACUGGAAAAUGAAUAUAUAUUUUUGUAUAUAAUGUUAAUAAUAUGACAAGUUGUGUGAUUGUUGGAAUGUGCUUUCACAUUAAGCAGCAUCUCUUCUGGCGGUGUUUCUCAACCCCAGUACUCACAGUUGCAUAUUUUUAUUUUAGCCCAGCUGGUAUAACUAAUGAAGAGCUUGAUGGUUAGUUGUCGAAUAACACUGCCAUAAGGGAAAUAAGGUGACAGGCAGCACACCACCUACUGACCUCAACACAGACAGAAAGAGAGAGAGACAUUCACACACAGAGCAUGACCCGUCUAUAUCUUUGUAACCUCGUCCCCAGGCUAACAGUGAGAGAAAGGCGGCUGGUGGACGAGACUAUAUAUUUUGUAACACUGCAUAAGCCAUCACAAGUAUUAGCACAUUCUUGAAAUGAGACAUUCCAGUUACUGUGUUUUUCUUUUACUUUCAACACUGAGAAAAGGAUAUUUUCAACAGCACAAAUUCCCAUUGAAAGAUUCGUAUGAUAGUUUGGCUGCAAAUACCAAUUCUCCUCCCUUUUCCAAAGCGUGCCCUUGCACACUCCACGUCAUAGAUUUUAACGAUGGUGGAAAAUCCCUCUAGCGAAUGAUUUCACUAAUCCAAUGAUUUUAAAUUCAUGACUGGAAGUGCACAGUUCGGGAGACGGUUGGAGAAUCGGCACGCAGGCUUGGAUCCUGUGUGCAGAGAAUGACAGGGAUAACUAGGUCACCAAUGGCUCUUGCAGAACAUUGUCUGGAUAGCUGAAAUGCGCUACAGCAGUUUUCAACUUUAAGUGGAUAAAAUAUUCAUUCAGUCCCUAAACUAUGAAACGGAACACUGUUGGCAUGCACUAUGUCUGCAUACAUUUUGGGUCAACUGACAGAGUUUAACGGGGUAGGCCAUCAUUGUAAAUAAGAAUUUGUUCUUAAAUAACUGACUUGCGUAGUUAAAUAAAGGUUAAAAAAAAUA